CAUACCAGGGCUGGCUGGCUCUAAUAAGAUAGUAAUCAAGGGAAUUUCAGCAUUGGGGCCUCCAUGGGUUGCAGGCUGGGGUGCCCCACUGGUAUGUGCCACACAGGUUUUCCUCUGUCAACCUCAAAAUUAGCCUGGAGCCUGUAUGACCUGCCACCACCACUACCCCACACCUCCAGGAAGUUGGAGCCAGAGGCAGAGCCUGGCCAGAAGCUGGACUUAGAGACUAGGCUUCUCUGAUCCCACCUGGUCCCACAGGGAAAGCAGUGCACAAGGCGUCCGGGGGUCCAGGGCCAGGCUGCUGAGAAGCCGAGUGCAGUUCUCUUGCACAGGUUGAGGCCCAGCUCCUGGGAAGAGAAAUGCUUGGUAGGGAGGUGUUUGCAUGUGCAACCAGGUACAGCCUGGUCCUCUCCCACAUCUGGGAGGGGCCAGAGCCCAGACAACAGCUGGUCUACCAGCAAAAUCAUCUGACUGGGUGUUCAGCCCAGGCUGCACACGGCUCCCCUCUCCUCUCAGGGCUAUAGAGGAGCUGGUGCCCACACAGGCACACCUCUAGGCUGGACAACACCCACCUCACCUCUAGGUAAGCACUGGAUCUGGGCCCUCAUGCUGGGGCUUGAGAGAUCUUGUCAAUCAAUUGGGAGAAGCAAGAAAGGAGUUUUCCUGUUCUAACAUGAGUGCCUGCUCCCUUGUCUAGGCAUCCAUGUCCCCGCAAGAACACAUACAUCAACUGAGUACACCUGCUGACUUAAAGAUCCCAGGGGAGACUCUGAGGGUAAAAGGCAGACAGAGGUAGGCAUCUUUGUGGGCAGGGGGCAAGGGCUUGCGUGGAGGCUGGGGCUGAAGGUAGGGAAAGGUGUCAGUAGGAGUUAUCUCCCAGCACACAUACUGAAUUACUGAAUCCUGCCACCUAGCCUCACUUCCCCUACACUGGCCCAGGGACACCCAGCCAGGCCAUGGAAGGAAGGAAUUUAGAGCUCAGAAGAGGCCCAUCCACCUUAAACCAAGAGUUGGGGAGCCUUGAGACCAAACCUGGUGUCAGGGAGGGUGCAUUUGGUGCUAGUUCCAGCAGCAGUCCUGAUUAAUCCUUGUUUCCUGAAGAAGGGGUGAGAGGGAGGGAAGGUAGGGACUCCCAAGCAGAUUGAUGUUCUUUUUCUGCAACAAAGAAAUGAACUGGCAAUAGGAGCCUAGGCUCCAGGGUCUUGGGGUCAUAAAGAGGCCCAGGAGGGCCAGGAAGUUCUCCUCAGUUGACUCCUGUCUCCCUUCCCAGGGCAGCCAUGUCUGUGACCAGCAGGAAGAUGAGACCAUCCAAAACCCAGGAGACCCCCAGCCACCUGGGCAUUGCCGACAAGACUGCAGCUUGAGGGAUGCUGGGCACCCACCGGACCUUCUUGAGCUUCAGUGUGGACAAGAACAUGCAGAGGGUGCUGAAGGCCAUUGCAGGCCAAGGUGGGAACCACAAAGCCAUUGUGGGUGUGCUGAGCAGUUGGAGAAGAGAGCAAAGGCAGCUUCUCUCUCAAGCCUUCCAGGGGUGCACCCAAGAGGACCUGCUGAAGUCCCUGCAGGCAGCACUCUCUGGCAAUCUUGAGAAGAUCAUGGUGGCUCUUCUGCAGCCUGCAGCCCAUUUUGAUGCCCAGUAUUUGAGAACACCCUUGAAAAACUCAGGUUCUGCUGAGGAUGUUGCCAUGGAGAAUCUUGCCAUCCAAAUGCCACCACAGCCACAGGAGUGCCUGGCAGUCUACAAACACAAUUUCCAGGUGGAAGCUGAGGAGGAUAUCAAAUCUGAGACCAGUGGCACCUUGCAAGAGCUGCUCCUGGCCCUGGCCAAGAGGGGCCAUGAGAGCUACUCUGACAUCAUUGACUAUAACCUGGCAGAAUAAGAUGUCCAGGCACUGAAGCAGGCUGAAGGAUCCUGCACAGAGGCAAUGUGGGUCCUAAUCUUCACCCAGUGAAAUACCGAACACCUCAUCCGAGUGUUUGAUCAGUACCAGCGGUACACUGGGCAUGAACUGGAGAAGGCUGUCUGCCAUGGAGAUACUCAGGUGCCUCUGCUCAGCCUAGCCUCAGUGAUCAGGAACACACCGCUGUUCUUUACUGAUAAACUUAAUCAAGCCAUCCAGGAAACUGAACCCAAAUCCCAAGUCCUAAUGUGCAUUCUUAUCUUUCAAAGUGAGACUGACCUUCUAAGCAUCCAAGCUGAAUUCAAAAAGAAAUUUGGGAAGUCCCUGUACUCUUCUCCCCAGGUGAGACUUGGCUAGUUCUUAACCUGGAGCCCCAAAGCUCACCCCUCACUCAACCCUCACCUCUCCUCAGCCCUCCCUGCCCACAGCUGAGCAUACUCACAUCCUGGAGAACUCAGGAAUCUUUGGUUAACUUAGUGCAGGAUUCCAGACACCAUAUAGUUUGGGACCAGCACAAGGAGGGGACAGAAUGCCUGGGCCAUGGUGAUGGUUGGUCUUUCUAACACUUGACUCAUUGUCUGCA